UUGGCGAAGUUCCAUUGAAAUGACAUACCCUCUCCUACUACGAGCACUGCCCUAUGGGCAUUUAUUAAAUGGAUAUAAUUCAUACUGAAGCUGAAUUUUGUUUUCUCUAUCUCAUUUGAUUUGAUUUAGGGGAAUCUGAUGCCAUCGAAGGAGGAGGUAAUGACGGUCAUGCGGAACUUGGUUGGGGUUCAUAAUUACAUGGCACCCCCGCAGCAAACGUUGAGGAUAAUGAUCCAUCACCUAACCAAGAAAUUUGAGGAACCAAUGAAGAUGUCUGUCGAAAUUAUCGCGGAGCACACCGGCAGAGCCAUAGAGAAAUACGCCUCUCAGGAAAUCGGAUCCUUCCCCAACUUGAAGCAAGAAGUGCUGAUCCUGGUGAUGGAGAAAUUAAAACAGAAUGAGCUGAGCUGCAAGGAACUCCUCGUGACGUACAUCGAAGCGGAGCGGGCCUUCAUGAACGAUAAGCAUCCUAAUAUGAAGCAGGAUGAUUCAUAUAGUUUCGUUCGGAUCAGUGGAACAGGAGAAGGAAAAGCUAAUGGAGAAAAAAUGAAUCCGAGAAGUUCCCCGAUACCUCCACCAAAGGUACCAAAGGGAACACAGAAGAUCCACCAAGGCUUCCUGAGCCUCCCAGGUGAAUCUGCCUUCAGGAGGAGGAGGAAACAGGCCUGGUUCACCCUCACACCUUCUCAACUCACCGCCUUCGAAGACGAUCAGGAAGACAAGGAGCUGCUACGACUCAACAAUGAAGAGAUCCGAAUUGUAGUGAGGAACGAAAUGAGAAGGAGUCGCAAGUUCACCAUCUCCAGCAUCGAUGGCAGAUCCCUGGGGAGGGGAUACGCAAAGGAAAUCGAAGUUACAUACGAUGGGAAGGACGGGAAAGAAGCUGGUGAACAAUGGGAAUCAAAGUUCCGAGAAGCAGGAAUCCAGAUCGAGAACUUGGGGAGUUCCGUCUCCCUUAUCUUUCUCCGCACCUACCAUAGUAAGGAACCACUUGACCCUUUCUAUUUGCGCAUGAAGUUCUAUGAUGAUCGGGCCGACAACGACAACACGCUUCAACGCAGGUCACUGAUUCGACAGUGGUCGAUGACUCGACCCAGAAAAGUCGUCUUUGAAAAGGAUUUGAAGAAAGACGGCGAUGACUUCAUCGAAAAGAUCCUCCGAUACAUGAGAAUCGUGAGGGAGACCAUCCGAGAUCUCACGCCCAAGUACAUCAUCCUCAAGUUGAUCAACAUGCUGGUAAAAUACAUAGAGGAGGAGCUCGUGGCUGAAAUCCAAGAAAGGAAUGACAUCGACAAGCUGAUGGAGCCAGGAGGAGACGAGGAGAUGAAGAAGAAGCACCUCUUGAGUCUGUACGAGGCGACGCAGGAGGCCGUGAAGAUCAUCAACAGUUUUACCCUCUCCAAUGCUCCUUCCUCCGCCUCCGCUUGA